AUGCAUACCAAGGUUGUCGUCAUUGGGUCUGGGCCUGCGGCUCACACUGCUGCCAUUUACUUGGCCAGAGCCGAGCUGAAGCCCGUCCUGUUCGAGGGCUUCAUGGCAAACGGCACCGCUGCCGGCGGCCAAUUGACGACGACGACGGAGAUUGAAAACUUUCCCGGCUUUCCCAAGGGCAUCAUGGGCCAGGAGCUGAUGGACAACAUGCGCGCCCAAUCCGAGCGCUUCGGCACGGAAAUCAUCACCGACACCGUCACGACGCUCGACCUGUCCUCCCGCCCCUUCAAGUUCUCGACCGAGUUCAACCCGGACGAGACGCACACCGCCGACGCCGUCAUCAUCGCCACCGGCGCCUCCGCCCGCCGCCUCAACCUCCCCGGCGAGGACAAGUACUGGCAGAACGGCAUCUCGGCCUGCGCCGUCUGCGACGGCGCCGUCCCCAUCUUCCGCAACAAGCCCCUCUUCGUCAUCGGCGGCGGCGACUCCGCCGCCGAGGAGGCCACCUUCCUCACAAAGUACGGCUCCCACGUCACCGUCCUCGUCCGCCGCGACCAGCUGCGCGCCAGCAAGGCCAUGGCCUCGCGCCUGCUCAAGCACCCCAAGGUCACGGUGCGCUUCAACACCGUCGCCACCGAGGUCAAGGGCGACAAGGACGGCCUCAUGAGCCACCUCGUCGUCAAGAACGUCGUCACCGGCGCCGAGGAGACGGUCGAGGCGAACGGCCUCUUCUACGCCGUCGGCCACGACCCCGCCACGGGCCUCGUCAAGGGCCAGGUCGACGUCGACGCCGAGGGCUACAUCAUCACCAAGCCCGGCACCACCGAGACGAGCGUGCCGGGCGUCUUCGCCGCCGGAGACGUCCAGGACAAGCGGUACCGCCAGGCCAUCACCAGUGCCGGCACCGGAUGCAUGGCUGCCUUGGAGGCGGAGAAGUACAUUACCGAGAUGGAGUAG